AUGAAGCCCGCCAGGGCGUCCCAGCGCUACAGAAGCAUCCGGAGAAACACCGGCCAGCGCUGCCUGUACCAGGAGUCCCUGCUGCUCGGCAAGUUGGACGACAGCUUUAAUGCUGAUGAAACAGGGGACAGCAAUGAUCCAGAACAAAUCUUCCAGAAUAUUCAGUUCCAGAAAGAUCUCAUGGCAAACAUUCGCUGCAGACCCUGGACCAUGAGGCAGAAGCUGGGAGCACUGAGGCGAGCGAAGGAGAUUGUGCUGAAGUUCGAAGGGAGGCUGACCAGGACCCGAGGAUACCAAGCGGCAGGUGCAGAGCUCUGGCGGAAAUUUGCUCGCGGGGCCUGUAACUUCAUGGCCACCUUCAUCCCCUGGGAAAUGAGGAUAAAGAAAAUCGAGAGUCAUUUUGGAUCUGGUGUUGCCUCCUACUUCAUAUUCUUGAGAUGGUUAUUUGGAAUUAAUAUUGUGCUCACAAUUAUGACAGGUGCUUUUAUCGUCAUUCCAGAGCUCAUUGCGGGCCAGCCCUUCGGAAGCACGGACAGCAAGACGAUCCCCAAGGAGAGUGUUAUGUCUGCCCAAGACCUGGACACCGUCUGGUCCCUGGGGGGUUAUCUACAGUACUCUGUCCUCUUCUACGGCUAUUACGGCAGGGAGAGAAGGAUCGGGAGAGCGGGCUACCGGCUGCCCCUGGCGUACUUCCUGGUGGGCAUGGCUGUGUUUGCUUACAGCUUCAUCAUCCUCUUAAAAAAGAUGGCCAAGAACUCGCGCACGAGCCUCGCCAGAGCCUCCAAUGAAAACUACACGUUCUGCUGGCGGGUGUUCUGUGCCUGGGAUUACCUCAUCGGAAACCCGGAGGCCGCCGAGAGCAAAACGGCCGCCAUCGUAAACAGCAUCAGGGAGGCCAUCCUGGAAGAACAGGAGAAGGAGAAAAGUAAAAACCCGGUAGUGACCGUGUGCCUGAGGGUUAUUGCCAAUAUCCUGGUGCUUCUGUCGCUCGCCGGGAGCAUCUACCUCAUCUACUUCGUGGUGGACCGGUCCCAGAAGCUGGAACAGUCAAAGAAGGAGCUGACGCUCUGGGAGAAGAACGAGCCGUUUCUCUUCUUCAUGCACCUGUACCGGUUUCGUGACCCCCUAAGUGCCAGUCAGGGUCCCCGGGAGGAGCUGGUGAACCCAUCGCUCGCCUGUCUGGCCUCGUUGUCCCCGACGCGCGUCUGCCAAGGCUCAGGCCGUGUGCCGGGAGAUCCCAGGGCGUGUUUGCCCGGCCGGGAGCGCGUCUCUGAUCGGGUCCUCGUGCUGUACCUGGGGAACCUCUACAGCCUGAUCAUCGCUCUCCUGGACAAAGUUAACAGCAUGAGCGCUGAGGAAGCUGCCACCAGCAGUAACGCGAGCCACUGGACGGGGUCUACCGUCUUCUCUGCCGCCAGUGCGGCCCCUGAAGGGGAGAAAUGGGCCACGCGUGGGCCCGGGACCGGGCUCGGGAGAAGCGGAAUGUGGACCCCAGAGGAGGCUGGCCUGCCGACCCCCCCCUUGCCCCUCGCGGGGGCCAACAAGACCGCCAUCUACACCCAGAGUCUUCAAGACCAGUGCUGGGAGACAUACGUCGGCCAGGAGAUGCUGAAGCUUUCCAUCAUCGACAUGCUCUUCACCGUGGCCAGCAUUCUGCUCAUCGAUUUCUUCCGAGGACUUUUCGUCCGGUACCUGAGCGACUACUGGUGCUGGGACCUGGAAAGCAAGUUUGUAAGUGAGAUGCUGGGUCCACGGGGAAGCUCCUAUGGCUGCACCCUCCUCUCCUGAUGUGGCUGAAAUGGGAGGGAAGAGGGGAGGGUGCACAGGGCUGAGUUGCUUUCUCGAUCUCAGCCGUACUGUUUCCUGGGGUGGCCACGCAGACCGCGAUCUCUCUGUUUUUCUGUCUAAAGAGUCAGAGCCUCGGUGUGGGUGUCGGUUUGGGCAUACCAUCGUGUCAACUGUCACAGAAGGGACUCGGCAGGCGGCACGCGGUUUCUUCGCAGAUCCAACAACUUCUACCUGGCGAUGCUCCUGUUCAUGCUGUUUCUGUGCAUGCUGCCCACCGUCUUUGCUAUUGCUCGGUACAAGCCGUCUCUGAACUGCGGGCCCUUCAGCGGACAAGAGAAGAUGUACGACGUCGUGUCGGAGACCAUCGAGGAGGACUUCCCCGCGUGGUUCGGCUCCGUGGUGGGGUACGUCAGCAGCCCCGUGGUCAUCCUGCCGGCCACACUGCUGCUGUUCAUGGUCAUCUAUUACCUUCAGAGCAUCGCAAGAUCCUUAAAGCUCAGCAACCAGCAGCUCAGAAUGCAAAUCCAAAACGCCAGAUCUGAAGACAAGAAAAAGGUUGCCCAAAUGGUAGAGGCCCGAAUCCAAACCCAAGACGAAAGCAGCAAGAGGCUUCCCAAGGACGGCGACCUCGGCAGCCAGCUGUCCUCAGCUCACUCGGGGACACCCCAGAGCAACGGCGCCGUGGUCAAUUGGGACUCAUGCAGCAGUGAGAGUGGCAGGGUAGAGGCCGCUGCCCAGCACCCACCCCCGAGUCCCCAGCCAGGCCCCCGCAGCCCCAGCUCGCCUCUUUCCGGCACGUCCAAACCCAGGCCGGGGCAGGACACGAACAGGCGCCCGCGUGGUCCUUGUGUGAGCACAGGUGACCGGCACAGGAGCAGACCCCGCUCACCUGUGAUGCUGACAAAGCCCAUCGAAGACGCUCACUCAGAACCUCUUUUCCGAAAAGGCUUUCAGCACAUCAGCCCUCCCCUUGGCGGACCGGGCCCCUCGGCCUGGGCACCUCGUGGUCGCAGGCCCCAGGCCCCCAGCUACUACAUCAUUAAUGAGCGAGACUCUCACAAAAAUUCCCAUCCAACUUUCUGGCCAGAGAGACAUUUCCGGAUGGAUGCCCUGGGGGACCUGGUGGAAGUGUAUCCCAGGAGCACGCGACAAGCUGUGUCCCGGGGCCCCCGGCAGGGUGGCUCCCCGCAGCUGAGUGAGGAAGACGAGGAUGCCCCACGGAGGCAGCUGAUGGAAGGUUCUUUCCACCCACACGCCCCGGCGGGCCUCCGAGGGCCUCCUCACUUCUAUGUUGGCGAAAGGUCAGAGAGGCAGACCCCGGCCCCCAAGCGCCAGGGAAGGGUGCCCCACGGGUCCUGGAGUGACGGCUUGGAGACUCAACUCGACAGGCCGGUGUACGUGUACAAGAAACCACGCUCCCGGGCGUCUGGGACUUCCCUGGAGGAGAUUCAGAGCCGACGGGGUAUCCUCUCGCUGCUUGGUGAGGCAGACGGCCACGUUGCGCAGAGGGCCACGCAGCAGGGACGUGUGUCCGGCCUCCGGGAGCGGAGGGCCGGCCACAGCCUCCAGCAGAUGAAUUCUGCCAACAGUCACGCGAGCUGCUCCGAAAAGGCCCCCAGCCGCGAUGGACAGCCUGGCGGAGACCUUGGACGGAGCACCCAGCUGCGUCUGUGCUCGGCCCACAGACGCCAGGCCACCAGCUCUGGCCCUUACCUGAGCCGCAGCAAGCAGAAAGCCCCAGUCCACGCUACCAAAACACCUUCUCGUAACUGA